AAAGCCGAUGCCUGAGCCAACAUGCGACGUUUGACAAUUCCCUGAAUCUCCAGAGAUAACUCCGAUCGUUUCCAAGUUUUCAACUGGAUUUUGCGUUUCUUCCGCGAAGACCGCGUACGGUCUUGGUACAAUCGAUAUGUCUCGUUUGAGCGCAGAGGACGUGAAACUGUUCAAAGACACACAGAAUGACUCGGACAUAAUAAGGACCAUCAUCGAGACGGAGAACAAGGAGGAUCCGUUCUAUAUUCUGGACAUCGCCGAUGUGGUUCGGAAACAUCAGAGUUGGGUCGAGAAAAUGCCACGGGUCAUCCCGUAUUACGCCAUCAAAUGCAACCCGAAUCCUGUGGUCAUCAAGACGCUGGCGUCUUUGAACACCGGCUUCGACUGCGCGUCCCAGGACGAAAUAAGGGAAGUGAUGGCGCAAGGCAUACCCGCGAGUCGGAUUAUCUUCGCGAACCCGACGAAGCUGCCGUCGCACAUCAAGUUCUCCCGGAAAGUGAACGUCGACAGAUUAACCGUCGACGGCGAGAAUGAACUGUACAAAACGAAGGAGCUGUUUCCAGAGGCAAAGAUAGUGAUCCGGAUCCGAUGCGACGCGGAUAAUUCGCUGGUGUGCCUGGGAACGAAGUUCGGCUGCGACCCGGACGAAGAAGCUGUCCGAUUGAUAAGGCUGACGAAGAGUCUCGACUUGGAGUUGCACGGGUUCAGCUUUCACGUGGGGAGCCCGUGCGGAGAAGCGGAAGCUUAUGCUAGAGGAAUCGCGCAUUGCACGAGAUUGAUCGCUGUCGCCAGAACGAUGGGCUGCGACGACGUGCGAUUGAUCGAUAUCGGAGGAGGAUUCCCCGGGGAGUCCGCGUCCCGGAUCGACAAUUUCGCCUGCGUGGUCAACGACGCUAUUAAGGACAUCGACCCCGGCAUCACGAUCAUCAGCGAGCCGGGACAAUAUUUCGUGUCGUCGGCGUUUUCGUUGGUAUCGUAUCUGCACACGAAGAAGUUGACCUCGUAUAAGGGCAAGCCGGUGAGAAUGUACUACGUGGAUUGCGGCGUGUACACCUCUUUCAUAGAAGAGCUGCUGAAUUUGAAAGCGAGGGUUCCGACUCCGUUGGACAAGCCACCGAGCGACGAGAAAUUUUCCUCUUCCGUUUGGGGGCCGACGUGCGACUCGUUGGAUUGCAUUUUGAAGAGUGCGAUGCUGCCCGAACUAGAAGUCGGUAAUUGGUUGAUUUGGAGGGACAUGGGAGCAUACAGCAUCGCCGUUAGCUCCGGCUUUAAUGGCUUUAAUCUUCCCACUGUAUACCCGUUUGCAAGGAAAAGCGAAUGGGACGCCAUUGCAGCUUAUAUGAAUUCGAUACAGAAUUCACAGGAGUUCAUCGACUAGCACCGAUGCAAAGUCUACUUCUGAUACAGCUGACAUUUCGAGGCUUAAUUGCGAAGGUUUAGUUCUAAUUAGAUUGGCUUACUUAUAGGCUCUAAUGUAAUCGUUUCAUCGAAUAAUCUAAUUACACUGGUAGAUCUUCAAUGUUUCUUUCACGCGUAGACAGAGCAGGAUGAUUAUAAUGACUUUUUGAAUGUUUGAUCUCCUUUUAUGAAACUAAUUGUAUCAAAAGCUUUUAUAUCUAUCCACUUACCCGUGCGUUGUGUCAAACUUUGCAAGAAUCGCUGUCAUUCAUUCUGUUAUUAUAAUCAAGAAUCUACGACUUUAUUUACUUUGAAGUUCGCUACUUAAUCCGAGGGCAGAUAUUGUAAAUAAAUAUAUCGAUAAGAAUCUUACUUGACUGUUUCCAUUAAAGAACACGUAACGCAAACAACGUUAUAAAUUACGUAGACGUACAUCGAGGACUAAUCUUACAAUCUUAAAGUAUCAAACAAUUCGUCGCUUUAUUAAUCACGGUAGGAUCUCAUUUACGUGUAAUGUACAUACGAGCUAGGGUAACAAACAUUAGUGAAACGUUACGCGAUGUUAUCUCGUUUAACGUUACAUUCAAAACGCAGUCGAAUUGUUACGAGUUAUUACUUGAGCUAUCGUUAAGUCCUUUCCAUCUGUAUGGAAAAAAAAAUAUAUAAAGAAAUAAAUAGAAACGGGAGAAUCAGAGAGUAUUCGUUCGUUUAAACGUUACUCACUCUAUCGCAGUGUUACACGAGCCUGGUUUCAAGCCCGCCUCUGAUUGCGCGUCGCGUAACUCCGAUCCACUUAUCACAUCUUCUCGCGGUCGUUCCGGCGACAUCGACUCUCGCACCUGUAACACGUCACGCUUGUUUACAUCUCUAAAAUUUCUUAUAAAUAUUAACCCUUCGCACUCGAGAAUAUUUUUCUCAAU